AUCAUGUCUCCCCUCUUUUCGCACCACCUCCUCUGCUGCUGUUCUGUGCCCUCGACAGCAUCAUGACUAUCACUACGGUCAAGGAAGGCACCAAAUGGGGCCAGAAAUGGCGCUCAUCGCCGCUGUUCAUCGUGAGUGCCAUGGCCAUAGCACUGUUCACCGAUACGUUCCUCUACACCUUCCUCGUUCCGAUCCUUCCCUACGUACUUGAAAAUCGCCUCGGACUGGAUGUCGCCUUGACACAACGGAUGAGCUUUUCUCUGUUAUCGGAGAGCGCGGUAGCCUCUCUGAUCACGAGUCCCUUUAUCGGUCACUAUGCCGAUGGAUUACCUUCCAAGAGGGGACUGCUCAUCUGGUCUCUGGUGGCGGCCUUGGUCGGGUCUAUAAUCUUGGCGAUGGCGACUUCGACUUUCACGCUGUUCGCCGGUCGUCUGGUCCAGGCGAUUGCCAGUUCGUUUAUUUGGGUGGUAGGUUACGCCACGAUCGCGGACAAUGUUCGGCCGGAGCAUCUGGGCAAGACCUACGGCGUAAUCUCCCUAAUCGUCGCAGCGGGUACCUCGGGCGGACCCAUGGUAGCGGGCAUACUUUUCGAGGUUGGAGGAUACUGGCUCGCAUGGUCGAGCGCCUUUACAAUCCUGAUCGUAGACAUCGUCCUGCGGUUUCUCAUGCUAGAAAAGUCAAAAGCUAGAAAUGAAAGUACACAGCCUGCUCACAGUACCGCGGCGGACCCGGAAAAUGCACCGCUCCUGGGUCACAGCAAUGCAACCGCACCCAAUUUGACAGGGUGGAGGUUCUAUGUAUUUAUCCUGCAGCAUCGUCGAUUCCUGGCUGGUGUCGUUAGUUUCUUCUCCUUUGCCAUCUUGAUCUCGAGCUUCGACACUACCCUCCCACUGCAUGUCCGCGAUGUGUUCAACUGGGGCAGUUUCCCCGCAGGGAUGAUGUUCUUCGCCCUACAGGGACCGGGGAUCAUCCUUAGCCCCCUUGUGGGCUGGCUGAAGGACCGGGUUGGUACGAGGUGGCCAACGACAGCGGGAUUUCUCAUCCUCGCACCAAUCAUGUGGGUAUGUGGGAUGCCGGGCGACGACCGCUUCCCUUGGGCCAACAAAGGCGACAGAGGACAAGUGAUCUACACAAUCUGCGUCACCCUGGUAGGCUCAUUCUCCUGUCUGAUGAAUGGGGCGGCAACAAUCGAAGCCACAGUCACCAUCGACGAGCUUGAAGCUGAGACCCCGGGCAUCUUCGGUCCGAAUGGAGGCUACUCGCGGGCUCUGUCGAUGGCCAGUGUAAGCUGGACUCUGGGCGCAUUUAUUGGGCCCGUGCUUUCUGGAUACCUGGCCGAGCACGUCGGGUACUAUGAAAUGAGCACUGUGAUUGCCAUUGUGUGCGCUUUGUCUGGAGUCAAUGCGUUCUGGAACCUUGACUCUCGGGUGCAUCGAGACCGUGUGAGGGAGUCUGAAUAGACGAGGCGCUCCGUAUGACUGCUGGAAGUUGCAUAACGUAGAACGGUUUGCAUGUGAUGCCAAGGACGACAGUUAUGAGACAUGUCAUAAAAGUUCUGAGUUUAGAUGUAUCUUUGUUUUGACAGCCGAGGGCUCUGGUUUGCUUUCGACGGGGCGGUGGCUUUUGGGGCGUCGACGCUCAACUACCGAUGACUGAUUUAGAUUGACUCCGGACGAAGCCGUACCCUGGAUACGCUUUGGGCUCGCUUAGAUUGAGCCCAGCCGGCUGUUCUUACUAUCGGCCGGCUGAUACGGUCGAGACAAGUCAUAUCUGACAUAGCACACUUAUCCGAGGGACUUGUCUCCGAGCACAGAUUUGUAGAUGCAUUCUCGUUUCUCGCAGAGGUAGUGAUGCCUGCUACUGUGAGCUAGGUUGUCGAGAUACCUUUCGUGCUUGUCCCUCGUAACCUUGAUAUUUGCCAAUGGGC